AUGGAGCCUACCGCUGCCGUGCUGACCUGUGUCGCGCUGCUGCUGCUGCUGCUGCUGCUGCUGCUGGUCCUUGCAGCGUGUACCGCGUGCGCGUGUCGCGUGCGCACUGACGAGGCCUUCUCCCAACAAGAUGGCACCGCUGACCUGGUCACGCAGGUCAAUAAAGCCACCUCCGCCCUGUACAAGGAGGCCAACCGCGUGGCCACAUCUUUGGAGGGUGUGCGGCGGCUGGAGAAGGCCCAGAGGAACCAAACGGCCGAGCUGCAGAGGCUGCGUGGCGAGGUAUCGAGUCUGGGGCCUGUGGUGCGCCGCCAGCUCGAGGCCACGCUCGUCAACAACAAUCAGCUCAGCACAGAGCUGGGCAAACUGGGGUCACGCAUCUCUGGUGCGGUCGCAACAGAUGCUGACCCUUGCGGAGGACACGCGGCUGAGCCUGAAGGGUGUGAGCAAGGAUGUGGUUGA